AUUGAAGCCGAGGCGCUGGAUGAGGAGUCAGGACCAGAGUUGGGUUUGAACAUGGAGUCUGAUCGCAGAUUGCUCAAAGAGCCUCUCUGCUGCUUUAGAGGAAAAUGGGGAGAGUGCAUCAAUGAUUCAGGAAAGUAACUCUUUGGAAAAAUAUCUGUUGGAGACAUAUUUUCGUCUGGAUAGUGUGGAAAUAAUUAGUUUAAAUAAGUUCAGCGGUUUAUUUUAGCUGGAGACUACACUGCCUUAGAGAUGACUGGAGCCCUGCACACUGGAUUCAUGCUCUUCUCUUUUGUGGUGGUAUGUGAGAGUGAGCCAACACAUGCUGGGCCAGACAGAGUGGGGGAUUUACACGAACAAUCCAAACUGGUCCACCUAACUUCUCACUGGGCUUUCCAUCUGGUCAAUGAAUCACUGGACUUCUCCAGCGCAGACCGAUUCUGCAGGGGCCAGUUCAGCUCCCUUGUGACUGUUGAACAGUCAGAGGACAGAGAGGGAGUCUUGGAGCUGCUGCAGCAGACCGGACAUCGCUCGCCUGUCUGGGUUAGAGAUCCUGCCAAGGCAGCCUCCAAGCCUCUGGCCCUCUCCAAACAGUAUUUACAAUACCCAGCUCUAAACUUCCCAAGAGAUUCACGUGAGGGCUUUGCUCGUGUCAACAUGUCCUUUCCCACCCUGUCCUCCAUCAGUGUGUGUGUUCGAGUUCAGUGGAACCCAGAGUGGAAUGAGGUGUCCACCAUCUUCUCCUACGCUGCACCUGUGUUCACCAAUGAAUUCCAGCUAAGAGGCCAAGUGGACAUGCAGGGACGCAUCCUUCUGGCACUCAUCAUCCACGGGAAGCACCUGCCAUAUAAGGCAUCCUUUCCCAACGAUGGUGAUUGGCAUCACAUCUGUGUUGCAUGGCGCCUUAGCAACGGCCACUGGGCUAUCUAUGUAGAUGGGGACAAGAAGGACAUGGGCUCAGGCUCAGACACCUCCAGGAGCAUCUAUGGUGAUGGGAUACUCAUUCUGGGUCAGGAUCAAGAUUCGUUUGGAGGGAAUUUCACAGAGCCUUUUUUUGGAAAUAUCACUGACCUGAAUGUUUGGAAUAUGUCUCUGGAAAUAAGGCAUGUCCGUGCCCUAAACACCUGUUCCUCCAAAACCCAGGAACUGCUUUUUAGUUGGAAUCUUGACCUCUUAAGCAGACACCCAGUGGUGAACGAGGUGCAGGCCCUGCUGUUUUGCCCAGCAGUCCACCAGCAGAUGGAGCUGCAGGGCUGCAGGACACUGCAGGACGGCUCAGAUCAGCCCCCCCUCCUCAGCCUGACAGACUGCUCUGAUCCACUGCCAUUCAUCUGCAGGAGUAGCAGAGAGCGCUUCCUGAAGAUGAAGCAGAUAAGUGACUCUCAGACCUCGCAGCCUUCAGCCUUCAUGAACCAGUUGAUGAAGCUUUCCAACCAAAGCCAGCCAGUGCUGGGCCAGCGGCCAUCAGGGCUGGGCAGCGUGUCCCAGGUGUCCGCUCUGCUGGACAUCUCUGUGCAGGCCUUGCAGUACACUCAGCAGGAGGGACUGCAGCCAGCAGACAUGGUGUCCCUCAUCCAGUUGCUUUCUCUGGCUGCUGAUGUCCCCACACAGCCCCACCCCAAGGAGGCCAGCCACAACAAGACAUCCAUCCAGGAGCUCAGUCAGCACUUCAUCAGCGUGGCUGACAGCAUCAUCAGUGAAGACAACGCCCUCAAGUGGCAGGCCAUCAAAGAGGUGGUGAGCGGACCCAUGGAUGUAGUCAACGCUAUUGACCAGAUGGUGACCAGCCUGAGUGCCAGCUUAAUGGCAGAGACCGAUCACAUGAUCAUUCACAGACCCAACAUCAAGCUGGAGGUGCAGCAGCAGUGGCUGCAGGAAGGGUCCAGAGGAUCGAGCUUCUGUGGGCCUGAGACAGAGAAACUCACCAACCUGGACUGUAUUUCAGUUCCAAAUCAGAAAAUACAGGAUCUCCAUAACAACGGCUUCCAUAAGCUCACGUUGGUCAACACAUGGUACGGCUCUUUGCGGCCACUUUUCAAUCCUGAGGAGAACAUCACCAUGGUUCCUACUGUCACUGACGGCAGCCAGAGGUAUUUGGGCACCGUGCUGGGCUCUUCGGUCAUAUCCACCACAGUGCUUGGAGACGACCAGCCGGUCAGCACACCGGUUCGCUUCCAGCUCCAGCACAGAGUCCAGAAUCCCACUGGUACUGUGUAUGAUCCAGUGUGCGCCUUCUGGGAUUUUGAUCUCAAUCCGGAGGCCGGUGGGUGGUGGAAUACCAAAGGCUGUGACGUAGUGUCCAAACAAUAUGGAUACACUGUGUGCUACUGCAACCACACCACCAACUUUGCAUUGCUGUUGCAGGUUUAUGAAGCCAAGAGGAGCCCGGAGAAUGAAAAAGCUCUGCAGGUGCUGACGUUCAUUGGCUGUGGAGUGUCUCUGUGUGGCCUCCUCUUCACCUUCAUCCUCUUCAUCGCUGUGGGUGUCCCUAAAUCAGACCGUACCACCGUUCAUAAGAACCUGAUAGUUGCUCUGGCCAUCGCUGAGCUGCUGCUGAUGUGCAGUGACUGGGCAUCUGCAAAUGAGGCAGCGUGCUUCAUGGUCACAGCCCUGCUCCACCUCUUCUUCAUGGCCUCCUUCUCCUGGAUGCUGGUGGAGGGUCUGCUGCUCUGGAGCAAAGUCGUGUCGGUAAACAUCAGUGAAGACCGCAGGAUGAAGCUCUACUACAUCAUUGGCUGGGGACUACCUGUUCUCAUAGUUGGUGUAACACUGGCUGUAUCAGUGGAUGAGUACAAGGCAGAGGAUCACUGCUGGCUCAAUGUGAAGACUGACACCAUCUGGGCCUUCGUGGGACCGGUUAUAUUUGUCUUGGCGGUCAAUGCAGUUGUGCUGUGUCGGGUUGUCAUGGUGACCGUUUCCAGCGCUCGUCGUCGUGCUAAGAUGCUCAGUCCAAGCUCGGCAUCAAAGAUGCAGACCUUUGACCUCAGCUGGGCUGUGACCCGUCCCGUUCUCAUCCUGCUGCCGGUGCUGGGUCUGACCUGGCUGUGUGGAGUGCUGGUCCAUCUGUCAGUAGUUGUGGCCUAUGUCUUCAUCGCUCUCAAUGCCCUCCAGGGCCUGUACAUCUUCUUAGUGUAUGCUGUUUACAACACGGAGGUGAGGAAUGCCAUAAAGAGGAUCAAAGAGAAGAGGAAGGCCUUAUCUUUCACGAACUGUUCCCAGCCAACCAGCUUCUUACCUUCCCAGAGGGCCCCGAUCACUUCCUGGGGCCGCAGUCCCCCGACCCCCUCCAGCCCGGAGACUAGUGAGACGUCUGGACCACCCAGCUCCACCUCCACAUCAUUGGUCAUCAAGAACGAGAGCUUCAGGAAGGAAAGCUUUGUGAGUUUCUCUUUAAAACCAGCAUCAGGAAACCAAGUGGUCCAGCUUACAGGGUACAAGCCAUCAGGUUGUUGAACUGCAAAUGGACUGGAUCCUGAUACGAGCUGAAAGAAUGGACACAUACACAGAUCCCACAUGAAGACGUACACCGCCGCUACACACACACACACACAGCUGAGAAUGAGAGUGGAAUAAAAUAAGGAAGGAAGGAUGAAGAAGUGAACUCCACUUCUUCUCACACGGCUCUGUUUCCAGUUCAGAUCCAUGUUCCUUUAUUUUGAGUUUUGUCUCUGACUCUGUCUGCCAGGGAGUCCUCAGCUCUGGAGGAACUCCUUGAGUUCUUCAGAGCAGUGACUUAGGCUACCUUUACACGGAAACGAUCUGAAACAAAAACGCAAAAGUGGCGUUUCGUUUUCACUUUUAAAUCUGCAUUUAGACGAGCGUUUUAGGGUGAAAAUCUGCGUGCAUACGGAAACGCAAAAGUGUUUGACGUUUGGCCUUCUAAUGUGCUUCCCUCGGUUUUCUGGCGCUUUAUUAUGCUUGUCACGUCAUUUCUAUGUGACGAGAAACGAAGUUUUGCGUUUUUCAUCCUUUACACGGUGGCGCGACAGUAGAGCGUUUUCAAGAAUUCCACUCUGGAGGGUGGUUUCACUUUCUUGCGUUUUCAUCCCCCCAAAACGCCGUUUCCAUCUAAACGAUAUAGUGCAUCCGCAAAAAUGUUUUGCGUUUUUAAGCCGUUUUCGUUUCCGUGUAAAGCCACCCUAAAUGGAGAUUUUUUUUCUCAUUUAAGCAAUACACAUACACCAACAACAACAAUUCUGUCUAAAAAUGAUCAUAUUUCUCACCAGUUCUCUGAGUCUCAGCAUGUGAACUGUCUCUUUAAAAUUGCAAAUUCAUGAAAAAAUAUGAACAAACUUUGAUUUCUGAUAAUGAAAUCACCAAGAAAAAAAAAGCUUUGUGAAGAAUUUAUCUGACAAAAUAAAGGAAAAAAGUACGGAAGUUGUUGGGAUGGAUCUAACCUUGUAUAAUAAAGCCAUUUGGUUCUUUUACAAAAACUGUCUGAAUGUGGAGCAAUUUCUCAAAAUUAUAUUACUUUAUAAACUCAGAGAAUGUUGGAGUUUUGUUCUUUGAAAUCAGAUGAUUAGUGCGCCAGCCCUCAUGUGUGACCGAUGUUAACGCUGGGCUUGCUUCUCACUCUUCUGUCUUUGUGUUUUAUGUAAAUACAUCUACAGCUCAGCAGCAAAUCAAGCUGAGCACAAAGAACAAAGGCAUGUGGCUCCAAAUACUGAAAUAUAAUGUGUUUCAUGAGAUGUUGUCUUCACAGUUUCACAACAUUUUCAAUGGGAAUGACUACGUUUGGGGAACCUCCCUGUACACUGUCUCACUGUUGGGAGUCAGACUGUAGCAUGCAGCUGAACAGGCGUGGAGCUGUGUGACACACAUCCCACAGAUAUUCUGAGGGAACAGGGAGCACGUCUCUUACUUUAAACUCGAUUUCAAACAUUAGCUUUAGAUUUGUUCCUCCAUUGCUCUUAAUAGUUGCAAGCAAUAUCCAUUUUCACUUCCCCCUCUGUGACUUACAGCAGGAUGCAGUGUGAGUGAAAGGCUCAGGCUGUUACACCAUGCUGAAUGUGUGAGCGCACCUCAGAUGUGUAUGACUCUGCUGGGCUUGGACAGCCUUACGUGCCUGUUCAGAAGGUCCAAACAUGAUCUCACUUGUGAUGUUUUUAGUUGUAAAAACAAUUCCACACAGUUGAACACUGGUGAUGAUCGGACUGAAACACACAGUAUGGUGCCUCAGUCUGCUCAGUCUCAGUGUGUAUUCUGUCAGGUUAGCUGUCAUGGUGCCGUCAAGUUUGGUAAUCAUGUUUCUGACCAGGUUCUAUUCCCCUCUGAAUAACACACGACAAACAUAUAAAAGCCUUUCCUCUGACGAGCUAGAAGUCAUCUUGGAGAUCCACUCUCUGCAUAAUGUUACCAGCAUGGUUUUCAACAGCUGUUCAGAAGGCAGACUUUCCCAUCUGUAAGAAGAUUACAUUGUUAAUGGAGUCUGCAGUUACUUCUUUAAAAUAAAUGUCAAUAUUUAGCAGAUAGCCAAUCAAAUGUUCAGAGCUGCAAAACGGAACUGGCCCGACUUGGCAUCAUCUUCAUCCACUUUCACCACCGAAGGCUGUGGGCAUGCUGUAGUUCUCCCACACUCGGGACGCUUGACAUCUAUCCUGAUGUAGAGGUCUCGGUAGCCAGUUGCAAACCAUGAGAAAAAUAAAAAUACAAAAUCAGCCACUGACCUUAAACUGACGACUCAUGAUAAAAAAGAGAACUGACUAAGGAAUUUCAUGCCAUGCGUUACAUAGAUUUAUUUUCAUUUUCAAUUUCCUCAGAACCACCACCCACUGUUUGGUGUUGCUAGCAGUUUAACCUCUUGUUGUCAGCCAGUGUUCUUCAACAUAAUCCACAGGCUCUACAUUUAGACAAUUCUGUAGUCCACAUACAGAAAAACAUAUGAAGGCCUGGGCGACUCAAUAGAGGUGAGGUAUGUUGCCUUAUAGGUUAAGUUAUAAGUUAGCAAAAUCAAACGAAUGUAGGUAAAAGUAGCGUACAUCACAGCCUUUCCUCGGGUUUCAUUUGUUCUGUUGGCAGCUCCUUCCUUAAACAGAAGCCCCAGAUUUAUUAUAAUAAGGGGAAAUAUGAAGGGUAUAUUUUAAGCUUGUCAUUGCGAAUAAAUUAUUGGGCUUUUUUUAUUAUCAACUUCGAUUUAUUAGAAGAUGUUUUCAACUUUGAAUUAUGGAAUUUAUUUGAAAUUGGGCUUAUUAACAGAUGACUAUUGUUAUAUUUUUCACAUGUAUAUUUAUGAAGUACAAUAUAAGUAUAUAAGCCAAGUCAUAUUCCAUUGUACUUUUAGAAUCUGCUGAGGGCCGAUUCAAAAUGGACAACGGGCCACAUUUGGCCCCUGAGCCGUAGUUUGUGCACCCCUGCCGUAGAUGGACAAUGGAGGAACAAAUCCAUGUUUGUAUGUUUAUAGUUUAUAUAUAGCUAUACUUUAGUGGGCAAAUGACAGAUUCCACAGUGAGACUGAUGUGUCUCUGAGCAGACAUUAAAUGAGGACAGUAAUGAAGUGUUUCUGAGACUGAUGUUGGGUGUUUAAAUGAAAGUGAUGUGAAUAAUGGCUCUCUGAUGUUAGACGAGGCUCAAUAACAGCCACACUAUGACAGCUAUAACCAAUGUUGUAUAUAUGAGCUGUGUAUCAUGUGUGCACAGCUGAUGAAUGUUGUGAAAUUAUAGUCGACACACACGUGGAGCUUACUUCACUAGAAUUUAUUGGUUUAAUGCUAUUACAAUAAAAUAUAUUUAAAGGAAAAGAAGUUUUGGUCACUUUCUCUUUUGGGAGAAAAAACACAGUUAAAGACGGGACUGACAACUCACAGGGAAAUAAAAAGUGAACAAGAGCCAAAACAAAGGCAAUAUCAAGAGAAUCACUUCCACAUGGCAGCGAUUUGACCUCAACAUAAAGCGUAGAACUCUUUUGUUUGAAAUGUAUCUUCAUCUUGCAGUAGAUAUUCACUUCACAACAUAAAUAUACUGUACAUAGUGAUAACACAGCGCUAUCUCAACUGGAAAACCAAGGUGUGUGUAUGCUUUCAGGCAGACAUUCAGUUAAGGCAGGCGGAGUGAUUGUCUACGAUACCUGGAGAUGGACCAACGAGGAAUGGCUUUAAAUGUCGAACUGCACAACAUCACAAACAUUUCUGAGACCGAGUGUUUGUUCUUCAUUCGGUCUCGGUGGCAGUGAAUAUCAGGUAUCAUCGCUGAGAGUCAUGUGCUUUAAAAAGAGUGCUUUCAAUCUGGGACUUCAGUUAGGGACAAUAUACACAAUUUUUUUUACCAUAGUACAAGGAAUCACUCGAGUGCUGAUUCUGUGUGUGGGGCUCAUAGGGCCUGCAGUAUUACCUGUCUCAUAUUUCAAAUGUAUACAAUAUGCAGGACUCAGAUAUCAGGGGAGAGUUUUAGUGACCCAAACUGGAAGAACUCAAACGUUGACUUUAAUUAAAUUAUUAAGGCAACACAUUUUACAUAACUGUAUUAGGUUAGUUGAAAGCAUUAAUAUUAAGUUGAACCUAAUAUUUGUAUUUAACUUAAUAUUAUUGCUUUAUAACUGACCUGAUACAGUUAAGUGAAAUGUGUUGACAUAAUACAUUUAAUUAAAGUCAACAUUUCAGUUUUAUCAGUGCAUGAUGGUUAGAAUGAUAAGACAGUUUUUGCAUUAAAGACCAACAUAUUUAUUUAUUUAAUUAUGUACAGGAAAUACGUUGGUCAAAUAAUAUAACAAAUAUUAAAUGUAUUGUAUGAAUUGUUAUGUAAAUGCUGUGUCAUGGUUCUACUGCACUGAAAAAACUGAAACUGUGUCUUAAUUAAAUGUAUUAUGUCAACAAAUUACACACAAUUGUAUUAGGUUAGUUGAAAGCUAAAAUAUUAAGUUCAAAUACAAAAUAAAAGGUUCAACUUAAAAAUGUUGCUUUCAACUAACGUAAUACAGUUAUUUGGAACCUGUCAACGUAAUAUAUUUUAUUAAAGUCAACGUUUCAGUUUCUCAGUGUACUCUGAAUCAGUAGGAAAGUGAUUCAUCACUGACGUCGCUUCGGAUUGAGAAACUAUGGAGUGAUCAGAGCUCUAUGGGCAGGUUUGAGAACUGAGAUACAUCCUGUUAGCUACUACAUCUAGGAAAGAAGUGUCUGAAAAUAUCUUCAGAAUUGCUGCCCGAUGUGGAUGACACUGAGGGAGGUUAUAUAAGUUGAGUUACAGAAAUGUAAAUCAACACAGGUCUUCAUAAAUGUGCUCAAGCUUCAGUGAUGACCUAACGUUCUGUUCAAGCACUAGGAAUUUGUAACAAAUAAAUGAAAAAAAAUGACGGUAACUGAAUUGUGUCAUUUAUUGACAUUGUUAGAUUUUUAAAUAAUGUAUUUUCAAACAAUCUUUAGUUUUACAAAAUGUGCCUGAGGCAACUAAGAACAGAUACAUGUAUUAAUGGCUCUGCUCAAUGCAUGUUGUUAAGUUUGGGAAAACAUUCUGGGUCUUUAUGGGAUGUUUGCUUUUAUAAUAUUGAACAUUAACCUAUCAUAAUCAACCCCCCCCCCAAUGGUUCCUGUCCAACGUUGAACACAUUGGAGACUAAGGUGUAAAAAAUGGCCAUUCAGUUUCACACCUACAGUACUACGUGCUGACAAGUGAAACAAAUGUGAGUGUGAACAUGCCACCUGCAUUUUUUGAAGACUCGUUGUUUCUCGAGGCAUUAAACUGUAAUAAAAUCAAGUUUUAUAAGGAAACGUGAAACCAAAUGUUGCCAGAUGCGUAUUUUCUCUGGCUGUGUCUGCUCCUCUGUAAAACUGAAGGGCGCACGCUGACAGAUGCUCCCUUUGUUCGGCACAUCUUCGCACAAAGAAAGAGACUCCACUGUCAUUCACAUGCAUGAUUGGCCACCUCCUUCUACUCCUCUCUGCUCUCCUUCGUCUGAAAACAUCGCUGUGUACAGUUUUGCCUCUUUCUGGUUUGCUUUUUACCCCCCUAUCCUUCCUUUGCCUGUGUCCCUCUUCCUCACCUGUACUUUUGUCAUGUUAUCUUUCCUGGUAAGUGUUUGAUGAAUAACUGAAUAAAAACGAGUUUUUCUUAAAUGGUCUGACUUUUAUAUCUCAAUAUAUUAAAAAUUUAAAUAGAUUAAAACAAAGCUUUAUUAAACCCCAAAGAGCGCUUAUAUUUUUGAACAAUUGUGGUGAAAAAAAGAGCAGAGAUAUGAUCAGUAAUCUGAGAGCACCACAGUGUUCUGUGUUACCC